GGCAGCUUCUGUGCACGGAAUCUGCGGAUUGCUGAUGCGACACCUCUUGAAUCCGCGCUCGAUUUCAAGGACUCAGCCGUCGGCCACCUCUGUCGUGUUCUUCUAGACAUCACUUAGACUCACACUGCCAGUGUGCACCUCGAUCCCGCCGAAAACUGUACACAACAAGCAUACAAACACCACCAUCAUGAACGCCGGGGAAGAUCUCGACCUCUACUCCAUCUUGGAGAUUUCCCAGAGCGCGACCAAGUCCGAGAUCAAAAAAGCCUACCACAAAGCCGCGCUCACCUCGCAUCCCGACAAAGUGCCCAAUGAGCAACGAGAGGAGGCAGAAAUAAAGUUCAAGGCGGUCUCGCAGGCCUACGAGAUCCUGAGCAACGAUGACACUCGAGAGAUGUACGACCGGCAUGGCAUGGCCGCGUUUGAGAAGGGCUCCAACGGUUUCCCGGGCGGUGCUGGGCCCGAUAUCAACGAUAUCUUGUCGCAGAUGUUCGGCGCUGGAGGAGGAUUUGAAGGGAUGCAUGGAUCGUUUGGAGGCCCUGGUAUGAGGAGACGAGGCAAGGGGAAGCCCGAGCUUCAGCAAUACGAAGUGACGCUAGAAGAGCUGUACAAAGGCAAGACGACCAAAUUUGCCAGCACGAAGAACGUCAUCUGCAGCGCUUGCAGCGGCACGGGCGGCAAAGAGAAGGCGAAAGCAAAGGAGUGCGAUACGUGCAAAGGCACGGGCGCCAGCACACGAUUACGGAGUGUUGGCCCUGGGCUGGUUACGCAAGAGACGGUGGCAUGCAACACCUGCCACGGCCGCGGCAGCUUCUACACCGACAAGGACAAAUGCAAGAAGUGCAAGGGCGUGCGAACCGUGAAGCAAAAGAAGAUCCUCGAACUCUACAUCCCGCGCGGGAGUCGCGAAGGCGAACGAAUCGUGCUUCCCGGCGAAGCAGAUCAGGAUCCCGACGACGACGAGCCGGGCGAUAUCGUUUUCGAGCUCAAGGAGGUACCACACGACGUCUUCAACCGCGCGGGAGCGGAUCUGCAGGCCGAUCUCGACAUUUCGCUUUCUGAAGCGCUGACGGGAUUCAAUCGCGUGGUUCUUACCCAUCUCGACGGUCGGGGAAUCUCACUCAACAUCCAACAACCAAAGGGCAAGGUGCUGCGACCGGAUCAAGUGUUGAUCGUGCGAGGCGAGGGCAUGCCGAUGAAACGAUCGGAAGCGAGAGGCGAUCUCUACCUGACUGUCAACAUCCAGUUCCCCGAAGAUGGAUGGCUGGGGAGCGAGGCAGAGGUGGCGAAGGUCCGGGCGGUUCUGCCGAAAGCGCAGCCACAGGGCGCCAAACCUGGCGAGACACCGGAGAUGGUCGAUGAGGUGCAGUUCGAGACGGUGGACAAUCUUGAAGACUUUGGAGCUGGCUCCGGUGAUCCUAGGGCUGGAGCGGAGUGGGAGGAUGACGAGGAGGGUGCCGAGGCGCAAUGUGCGACGCAGUAAGGGAUUUCACGAGUUGGCAAUUCGUUUUCAUGUGGAUCGAGCGAAGCAUGGCGAUGGAGUUUUGGAUACUGUACAGCAU